UGCAUCUUAAUCCAGCCCAGCCGCUGAGUAGCCAUUUUGGUCCCACCUAAAACAGACAGACCCGCUUCACUUUGGGCUGCUGGAGAUGGGAGAAACCGACCCUAUGGCGAGCGUUGCAGUCAUCCGGACCGUUUAAAAGCGACUUCCCAACACCCACUGUUACCAUUGGAGGCCAUGUUGUUUUAAAACGACUCAUUUCUGGGGGAAGAAAAAGGACUGGUGAUUUUUGGAAGUGACGACCGACAGCGCCUUUACGUUAGUUUAGUUAGCUUCACUGACUGAAACCCGAACGGACAAACGGACUCCGGUUUGGCUGUCGACUUGAACAAAGGUUACAAUAGGAACAUGUUACAUGUGCAGUUUAAACAGUAAAUACAAGUUGUUUGUAAUUGUUUUUUGACGAUCCGGAAUAUCUCAGGUGCUCGACUCUAAGACGUCCGGUCUGAGGUGAAAAUUGUCACGAUCCAUGCUGAGCCUGUUUUUCCACAGAGAGCUGCAAAGCAAAGCAAUAAUAACUAUAUUUCUUGGCUGUUGGCUUUAAAACGGAGGCUUUUUCGCACCCCAGACGGCUCCUGGUUAAGGAAGACCAAUUAAAUGAUGUCAACAAAAACUCCUUUACCGACGGUCAACGAGAAGGUGACGGAAAGUCACACGUCUCACAGCAACGGGCGGCAAGAGCUCGGCACACGCUCAGGUCGGACCGGCAUGCGAUCCCGUAGCUCAGAUGAGUCGCAGCAGCCCCACGUCGGCAACUACCGGCUGCUCAAGACCAUCGGCAAAGGCAACUUCGCCAAAGUUAAACUUGCCCGCCACAUCCUCACUGGCAGAGAGGUGGCAAUAAAGAUAAUAGACAAGACACAGCUGAACCCCAACAGCCUUCAGAAGCUUUUCAGAGAAGUCAGAAUAAUGAAGAUCUUAAAUCAUCCCAACAUCGUUAAGCUGUUUGAGGUGAUUGAGACUGAGAGGACGCUCUACCUUGUGAUGGAGUAUGCCAGUGGAGGUGAGGUGUUCGACUACCUGGUUGCACAUGGAAGAAUGAAGGAAAAAGAGGCCAGAGCUAAAUUUAGACAGAUUGUUUCAGCGGUGCAGUACUGCCACCAGAAGCACAUUGUCCACAGAGAUCUCAAGGCAGAGAACCUGCUGCUAGAUGCAGACAUGAACAUAAAGAUUGCUGAUUUUGGCUUCAGCAACGAGUUCACUUUGGGCAACAAGCUGGAUACGUUCUGCGGCUCUCCACCAUAUGCAGCACCGGAGCUUUUCCAGGGAAAGAAGUACGAUGGACCGGAGGUGGACGUCUGGAGUCUGGGGGUCAUCCUCUACACAUUGGUCAGUGGCUCCCUGCCCUUUGAUGGACAAAACCUCAAGGAGUUGCGCGAACGUGUUCUAAGAGGAAAGUAUCGCAUUCCCUUCUACAUGUCCACGGACUGCGAGAACCUCCUGAAACGCUUCCUGGUCCUCAGCCCGGCCAAGCGUGGUACUCUCGAGGUGAGGGAGGACGCAGACAAUCAAAUCAUGAAGGAUCGAUGGAUCAACGCGGGAUACGAAGAGGAUGAGCUGAAACCUUACACUGAACCAGAACUGGACAUCACAGAUCAGAAGAGAAUAGAUGUGAUGGUGGGUAUGGGCUAUAACCUGGAGGAGAUCCAGGACUCUCUGACCAAGAUGAAGUAUGAUGAGAUCACAGCCACCUAUUUGUUGCUGGGCAGGAAAGCCUCUGAGCUGGAGCCCAGUGACUCUGCCUCCAGCAGCAAUCUGUCUCUGGCCAAACCUAGACCGAACAGUGAGCUCAACGGCCAGUCACCAUCCCACCUCAAAGUGCAGCGGAGCGUCUCCUCCAAUCACAAACAAAGGCGUUACAGUGAACAAGUCGGUCAAAAUGUACCUCCAGGCAUGGCUCAUCCAAAGAGAAGCCAGACCACUACAGCGGACAACAGUGUGAAAGAGGAAUGUGGAUCGCUCCGGAAACCAAGCACCCCCGGCAGCCGAGGUGGUCCACCUUCCAGCCCCUUACUGGGCAACGCCAACAACCCCAACAAGGCUGACAUCCCCGACCGAAAGAAGGGAGCCACCACCUGUCCAAGCAAUAACUCUGCCUCGGCAGGCAUGACCAGGAGGAACACGUACGUCUGCAAUGACAGGAACAACACAGACCGCCUCUCUGUCAUCCCUAAUGGGAAGGAGAACAGCAUGACUGAGAUGGCUUGUGCCUCUAGCCCCUCUUCUGCCUUUGCGGCCGCCGUGUUCGGUGCCUCAUCCACUUCGGUACAGCAGAGCAGUGUUUCAGUAUCACCCGGGGGCCAGAGGAACCCAGUGGCGUCAACUCACAGCAUCACCAACGCAACCACACCCGACCGCCUUCGUUUCCCCCGAGGCACAGCCAGCCGCAGCACCUUCCACGGCGGCCAGCUGAGAGACCGCCGCACUGCCACGUACAACGGGCCGCCAGCCUCCCCCACCCUGUCCCACGAUGCCACCCCGCUGUCCCAAACCCGCAGCCGCGGGACAAGCAACCUGUUCUCUAAACUCACAUCCAAACUCACCCGCAGAAACAUGUCAUUCAGGUUUACCAAAAGAGUCUCAACCGAGUUUGAGAGAAACGGGAGACUUGAGGGCUCAAGUCGCCAUGUACCUGGGGAUCAAAAAGGGGAAAUCAAAGACGGUAAACCCCGCUCCCUCAGAUUCACUUGGAGUAUGAGAACCACCAGCUCCAUGGAGCCCUGCGACAUCAUGAGGGAGAUUCGCAAGGUGCUCGACGCCAACAACUGCGACUACGAACAGCAAGAGAGUUUCCUGCUUCUUUGCGUCCACGGAGAUGGGCGGGCCGAAAACCUGGUCCAGUGGGAGAUGGAGGUCUGCAAGCUGCCCCGUCUCUCCCUGAAUGGUGUCCGCUUCAAAAGGAUAUCUGGGUCAUCGAUCACUUUCAAAAACAUUGCUUCCAAAAUUGCCAACGAGUUAAAACUAUGAACAAAAGGACUUAAGUAUACAUUAAAAAUAUAUAUUGAGAGGUAUUUAAGCUGUACAAUCAUUCAAGUAGCAGUUUGAAAAUGUCUCCUUUUUUAAACAAAACAGUCUGUAUUGAAUAUUAUAAUGUAUAGAUAAAGGCUUUUGGCAAUAAUUACUGAAUUAUCUACUAAUAUCUGUCUGUUCUAACUGCAGGAGGUCACCAUUAACCAGUUGGAUAUGAUUUGUCAUGCUGUGAAUGUGGAAAAAAGAAGAAAAAAAAAAAAGCAUUUCUGGUCUUAUUUAUUUCACCUUUUGUUUUUUUCUCUCAGUAAAAACAAGACGUAGCUUUGUGUUUUUUGUGUAAAUAAUGUAUCUUGCUUUCAAGAUGGCUUCACUGCUACACUUUUUUUCAUUUUGUAUUUUGUUAAACGUUAGAGCUAAUGGGAAGUCCAUGCUAAUGCCCACAUGGUUAUGGUUCACCCAUGUCUCCAUUAAAGCGUCUGUCAACCUAA